UGCCAAAUAUUCUAUAAAUACAGUAUUAAUGGAUGGAUGUACUCGGAGGGUUUCGUGCAUUUCCUAAAUCGUGUUUUUGUGACGUCAGCAACAAGAAGGUUGGGACAACGCGGAUUCGACUGCGCCAGGAUAAAAAUUAUGCGUGCUGAGCAAGAGCCAUCAAUUAUAUAGCAGUGACGGAAGGGACGCAGAAUAAAGAAAGCGAAUCCUCCCUCUCAACAAUAUGUUGGGAAACAGAAGGAAAGCAGCCCCCGUGCGUAAGAACGGGAACGGGACGUCCGAUUCAAAGGCCAUCCAUCCACUAAGGAGUCUCGGGUUGCAGGAUGAUGAAGAUGUCAAGUGGAUGCUGAAGGGCUCCAAUAUGGUGAAGGUCCGAUCACCUCACUGGCAAAAGCGACGUACCCUCAAGCUGCUGGAAGAUGGCGUCACAAUUUGGUGCCAGUCCCACAAAACUUUCAGUCGAGCCAAAGAGCAACAAUCUUUCUCCAUCACGGAAGUGGAAUGCGUAUGUGAGGGCUGCCAUUCAGAGACGUUGCGGCAGAUGGUUGGUGCAGUACCCGAAGGACGGUGUUUGACGGUGGUCUUCAAGGGUCCCCGAAAGAAUUUGGAUCUUCUCUGCCAGAACCCUGAAGAGGCUUUUCAUUGGACCCGUGGCAUCCGGACACUGCAGGAAAGAAUUGGCAACAUGACCCAGAAGGAGAAACUUGAUCACUGGAUUCAUGCUUACCUGAGUCGCGCUGACCGGAAUCACGACGAUAAGAUGAGCUACGAUGAAGUGCAGACAUUGCUGCAAAUGAUCAAUAUUGACUUGAGCGACCAAUAUGCUCGUGAACUUUUCGAGAAGUGCGAUCACUCAGCCGAUGGCCGUUUGGACCACGGAGAAAUUGAGGUUUUCUGCCGAGAGUUGUUGCGGAGACCUGAGCUGGAUGUCAUCUUUAUGCUCUAUUCUUCCAAUGGAUGCGUCCUUUCAACGGCAGAUUUGAGGGAUUUCCUGAACGACCAGGGGGAGGAUUCUUCAUUCACACACGCCCAAAGCCUCAUCAUCACCUAUGAACUUAAUGAAUGGGCUCAGAGGAACCAUUUGAUGACACCCAAUGGCUUCACCAUGUACAUGCUGUCCAAGGAGAAUUCUGUUUUUAACCCGGAACAUGUUCGGGUUUAUCAAAACAUGAAACAACCGCUGGCGCACUACUUCAUUUCCUCAUCCCACAAUACAUACUUGACUAAGGAUCAACUGACCGGAGAGAGUGGCGUCGAGCCAUAUAUCCGAGCCCUGAAUCAUGGUUGUCGCUGUGUGGAGUUGGACUGUUGGGAUGGCGAUAAAGGACAGCCAGUCAUCUACCACGGCUACACGCUCACCUCCAAAGUGCCCUUUGUCGAAGUCAUUGAGACAAUCAACGAGUAUGCGUUUAAGGCAUCGCCAUACCCUCUGAUCCUUUCCUUGGAGAACCACUGCUCUGUGGAGCAGCAGGCAGUGAUGGCAAGACACCUGAAGAGCAUCCUUGGAGACAAACUGCUGACAAAGCCCGUUCGCGGCCUCGACCCCAACACCCUACCUUCACCGGAAGAUCUGAAAGGUAAAAUCCUGGUUAAGGGGAAGAAAGAGAAGCCAGCGAUGCGGGAAGGCACGUCAAGAUCGUCAGACCUCAGCUCAUCAGACGAUGAAGUCAACCAAGCUGAGAGCAGUAUCCAUAACAGGAAAAAAGAUGACAAGACAGCUGCGCCUCAGAUGAGUUCAGAGCUGUCAGAAUUGGUCGUGUACACCCGCGGUGUGCACUUUAAAAGCUUUCAACACGCUGCCAAAUCCCCGCCAAGUGACAUGUCUUCAUUUUCUGAAAGUGAAGCCCUCAGACAUGUCAAAGACUCAGGGAUGUAUUUUGUGCGCCACAACAGCCACCAUCUUAGCAGGGUCUACCCCUCAGGACAGCGACUACAGUCGUCCAACUAUAACCCUCAGGAAAUGUGGAAUGGAGGCUGCCAACUUGUGGCUCUGAAUUUCCAAACUCCUGGUGAACAAAUGGAUCUAAAUCGAGGCAAAUUCAUGCAGAAUGGUCAAUGUGGCUACAUUCUGAAGCCCCCUUUCAUGUGCCAGCCGUACACCACCUUUAAUCCAGAGAAUGUUGGUGGCGGUCCUGGCCAUGCGCCUGUUCUGUUCACUGUUAAGGUUAUUUCCGCACAGCAGUUACCUAAACAAGAGAAGAAGAAGCCGACAGCCAUUGUGGAUCCCCAUGUUUGGGUCGAGAUACAUGGUGUUACGAUUGAUAACAACAAGAAGAAAACCCAUCACAUCCAAAAUAAUGGUUUUAAUCCACAAUGGGACUGUACCUUAAAUUUUACCAUUCAUGCUCCUGGCCUGGCUCUUGUUCGCUUUUUGGUUGAAGAUUACGACUAUACUUCAAGCAACGACUUUCUCGGACAAUACACACUGCCUUUUACAAGUCUCCGCACAGGUUAUCGCCAUGUCCGACUGCUCAAGCAGGAUGGCUCCAGCCUUUCACCCUCCUCGCUCUUCAUCCACGUCGAGAUCACUGACUGUCAGGAUAGCCAUUCCAAGUCAUCUAAAUCACAGGGCUAGGCAUUUUAAGCAAACAUGAUUUAAUUCCAUUUGUACCUCUUUGAAGCAUCACUACAAUCGUUGCGUUGCUUUUGAAGCAGUACGGUGAAUGGUCAAAAGUUAUAGAAAGUGGUACAUUGGAACCUUGAUUUAAUAGACAGAACGGGGGUCGUGCAUUAAAGCUGAUUGCCCGUUGAACUCCUUUUUUUCGUAGGAUAAAAACACUCAAUACAGUAUCAAACUUCUAUUCUUUUCAGCUUCUGCAGUGAGUUGACUGCACUGACAGUGUAAUCCCAAAUAAUAUCGCACGCCCCACUUUCGAUUUUUUUUUUUUUUUUAAUAUUUGUAAAAUAUCAUAUGGAUUUCGUUCGGCUUCACGGUUGUGUGCCGCAUGUUUGAUUGAUGGUGUUGAUUGUUCAUAAAAAACAAUUUCAAUUGUAUACCUGUCUAUUUGCACCACGAAUUGUAACCAAAAUUCAAGGGGCAACAACCAUUCACUGUGUCACUGUGCAUGCAUGUAUGCACACACUCACACCUAUGCGGGUGCUCGUCAAAACAUUUGAAUAUCAUGAAAAAAUAUUCAUUUCAGGAAUACUAUUCAAAAAGUGAAAAGUGUGUAAUGCAUAUAUAUGUAUAUAUGCAUUUUAGAGAGCGCUUGCAUUUUAAAGCAUUUUAAGCUGUCUAUAUGUAAUGGGUGUGUACAAGUAGAGCUAGUUGUAGUUAUUAGAUCCUUUUUUUUAUUUUUACCCUUCUGGUAUUUAUUAAGUUAAUAAUUAUUGCACCAAUGAGAUAUGUUUUGGAACUUUUGGAUAAUUUAUAUCAAAAUAACCCAGGGACUUUAUUGUUGUUGUUCCAUCACAACAAAAUGGUUAAAGUGUUCAUAUUUGCUUCACUGCUUGAGGGUGGGGAUUGGGGGGUGGGGGGAACGUUCUGCUUGUGAUUCUGAUAAAAAAUAUAUACAGUAUAUCAUUUUUAUUCAAGGGGAUCAACUUUUAUUAUAAUUGCAACCGUCCUUUUAAAAGUAAUUUGAACGUUUGUGUGAAUUUGGCCUAGUAUUCUAUUACAUGUGUAAUUAUUUUGUUUAGAUUUGGUGCUGAAUUUCCGCAAUUCCCUCAAAAUACUAACUUUGUGGGUUUAACUAAGUAAUGUGUACAAUAUGUUGAGAGAUGCCAGUACUAUUGAAAUAUUCCGUGAAUUGUUUCUUUGUCAAAGUGUCACAACUGCUGUGAGCUUGAAAGUCAAAAUCUGAGUACGGUAUUUAUUAACCACGGCACAGACAAUUCAAACUGAACACUAAGGAUGUCUAAAAAAUAAUUAUUAAAAUAAUAUUUUAUA